GAAAUAUUUCACUACACAGUUUAAUAUGGUAUCAGAGCAGUAACAACCUGGGCUAUACAUUCACGAAACCCAAAUACCGACAUGACCAGAGAAGCUGGAGGCGGCAGUAGUGACGGAAUACGACAACGGCGAACAAAUGACCCAUCUUCCCUUUAUUAUUUGUCAAGCUCGGACGGACGGGAAAUACCCAUGCAUAAACCGGCAUUCACGGACGAGCAGUGGAGCGGCUUCUUGAAAUUGAUGGAAAAAUGCAAGGCGUCGUCCGAUUCAGAAGAGAAAUUGGCAGGACCUACCUACGAAGAUGCCGAUUGGAGUGGGUGAACGACGAGGGGGAGUUUAUUAUUUUCGGAGCCUUGAUCAAGAACACGCCUACACUCUCGCGGCAUCGGAUUCAGGUGAUUUGUGGCACUCUCGGUUGGGGCAUCCUUCAGUGAAAGUUUUACGUUCGAUUGAUUGUUUGAAUACGACUUUGUUUAAGUGUCUCCCGAAUAAAACUUGUGAUGCAUGUUUACGGGGUAAACAAACUCGUGAUAUUUUCCCCAUUAGUAGUGCACGUGCCGUACAACCAUUUGAAUUAAUUCAUUGUGAUAUUUGGGGUCCGUACAGUAUACCUGCUUCUUGUGGUGCACGUUAUUUUUUGACAAUUGUUGAUGAUUACUCUAGAGCGGUGUGGGUGCAUUUGAUGAAAGAAAAAAGUGAGGUUAAAAAUAUUCUAAAACAAUUUUUUGCCAUGACUAGCCGCCAAUUUAAUAAAAUGGUAAAGGUGGUUCGCAGUGAUAACGGGAAGGAAUUUCACAGUUUGAAAGAUUAUUAUUUGGAUCAUGGUAUAAUUUUUCAGACAUCGUGUGUAUAUACCCCUCAACAAAAUGGUAGGGUAGAGCGUAAACAUCGACAUGUAUUAGAAGUGGCACGAACACUCCGUUUUCAUGCCAAUCUACCUAUUGAGUUUUGGGGUGAAUGCGUUUUGACCGCAGGGUACCUUAUUAACCGACUGCCUUCUCCGGUAAUUGACAAUAAGAGUCCAUAUGCAUUGUUAUAUAAUAAGGCGCCUUUGUAUGAUCACCUUCGUGUUUUUGGAUGUUUAUGUUACGCACACAACAAAAUUGUGUCCGGCGAUAAAUUUGCACCUCGGGGUGUUAGAUGUGUUUUCCUAGGGUAUGCUUAUGCCCAGAAAGGUUGGAAGGUAUUUGAUCUUGAUAAUCGUCGUCACUUUGUCUCACGUGACGUACGGUUCAUUGAAUCUAAAUUUCCAUUUGCAAAUGAAGAUAAGGUUACUGACACUGCCACGUUGGGUAAAUCAAGUGAAUUGAACAAUGAUAAUGCUACAAAGGAAUUGGAGCAUUAUUUACGUUUCUCACAAUUGGAUGAUUCAUCAUCCAUGCAUGCAGCAACUACCACGCGGCAGCAAAUUCAUUCCCAGGCUGGCAGUAGAAAUCCUCCUCACGAACACAUGCAGCCACCGGAGGAAAUACAUGCAAGCAAUCACAAUACUGUUGACCAUACCCAUAGCACGGCAGACACGACGGAAAUUGGACCCACCGCAACCGGGUCAACGCAAUUACUUGCUGGACGUGGACUUCGCCAACGCAAAGCCCCGAUUUGGCAUCAGGACUACGAAGUUCAACUCAACACCGUCAAAAUAAACUCUCUCUCCGUUGCUCACCCAUCCUCGUCGGUUGAUUCAGGUAAUCCGUAUUCCAUAUCUCAUUAUGUAAAUUAUAAUCGAUUUUCUGUGUCGCACCGUGCCUUUCUUGCAGCAAUUUCUGCACACAAAGAGCCUUCAAGUUUUCAAGAAGCAGUACGUCAUCCAGAAUGGAGAGCUGCCAUGAAGAGGGAAAUAGACGCAUUGGAGCGUACGGGUACCUGGGAGAUUCAGGCUUUGCCUCCCGGAAAAAGGGCUAUAUAUUGCAAAUGGGUGUUCAAGAUCAAGUAUAAAUGUGACGGGUCCAUUGAUCGAUACAAGGCAAGGCUCGUGGUGUGCGGCAACCGACAGGUGCAGGGCAUUGAUUAUACGGAAACUUUUGCACCCGUUGCUAAAAUGGUGACAGUUCGUACCAUUUUAGCCGUGGCUUCUUCGCGGCACUGGGAGUUGCAUCAAAUGGACGUCGAUAAUGCUUUCUUACAUGGAGAUCUUCACGAAGAAGUGUACAUGCAUUUACCACCUGGGUAUUCUUCGUCUACUCCAGGCAAGGUGUGUCGUUUACUCCGGUCUUUAUAUGGGCUCCGACAGGCUCCGAGAUGUUGGUUCUCUAAAUUAACGUCUUUUCUUCGAGCCUAUGGUUUUUGCCAAUCUCAUGCGGAUUAUUCCUUAUUUACACUUCGACGAGAUAGUCAUAUUUUGUGUGUGUUGGUCUACGUUGAUGACCUUUUGAUUACAGGAAAUGACCAUGGUAUGAUUAUAGAAUUUAAGAGCUAUUUGGCUCGGUCCUUUCCUGUUAAAGAUCUCGGCCUUAUGAAGUAUUUUUUGGGCAUUGAAGUUGCCCGUAAUCCCACUGAUAUAGGCGGCUGGUUGGGAAGCUCAUUUAUCUUACGCUAACUCGCCCCGAUAUUAGCUACUCAGUCCAUAUUCUUUCCCAGUUUAUGCAAAACCCGCGUAUGGCUCAUUGGGAGGCGGUGGUCCGAGUCCUGCGAUAUCUCAAAGGACAUCCUGGGCAAGGGAUAUUGCUUCGAUCUAGCUCACCACUUACCUUAACAGGUUAUUGUGAUUCCGACUGGGCUAGUUGUCCCCUUACGCGUCGUUCGGUGACUGGAUAUUUUAUUUCUCUCGGAGACUCUCCUAUCUCUUGGAGGACAAAGAAGCAGGCCACUGUUUCUCGGUCAUCGGCUGAAGCCGAAUACCGCUCUAUGGCCACUUUGACGUGUGAACUUAUUUGGCUAAAAAAUCUUCUUCAAUCAUUGGGAGUCAUGCAUUCUUCUCCCGUGCAAUUAUUUUGUGACAAUAAAGCAGCUCUUCAUAUUGCUUCUAAUCCGGUCUAUCAUGAACGGACUAAGCAUAUUGAACUUGAUUGUCACUUUAUUCGGGAUCAUAUUCAGUCUGGCAAUAUUUCUCCAGCUUAUAAAUCUACCACUGAACAGCCGGCUGAUUUGCUCACUAAAGCUCUUGGUGCACAACAAUUUUCCUAUCUACUUGUCAAGAUGGGCAUUCUUGACCCCCAUGCUCCAUCUUGAGGGGGGGUGUUGGAGAUAAUAUGUCUAUUAUUUAUUUCUAUGCUUCGGAUAUAUAUUGAAGUAUGUGCGCACGUGGCUGUCCAAGUUCAUCCACCGAAGGAGUAGGGCUUAGAAAGGCAGUCUGUUGUAUAGAUUAAUAUUAGCCAUUAUUUGUUUCCAACUUUUUAGCAUGUAUAGCACAUAGCUAUUUUAUUCCUUUACGUAACUCAUAAUUGUAUAAAAAGCAUGGCAUCGGCUGAGAUGACCAAAAACAGUAUAAUAUGAAAUAUUUCACUACACAGUUUAAUAAAUUUCAAAGUCGCAGAAGCGAAAAUGGUUAACCUAUUUCGAUUCAUCCAGAUCCGAAAUGAGAACACACGGUUGCUCAUAGAUUGGCGUUUGUCCAAAUCUGAAAGGAGAUCUUUUAUGGCCUGGAAAGAGUAUUCUGUGCAUAACUAUUUGAAAUUGGUUACUUGAACUUCUGGUUGAUAUUUUUUCCAGAAGAGAUUGACUUAACAUAUGCAAUCUUACUGGAGUGUUUAAGUUAUAUCUAGGUAGUAAUAUAUGUGUGUACUUUCUCCCUCACAGUAAUUUUUUUUUAUAAAUUUAAUCUCUGCUCAUAUUACCAAUGAAUAAGAACUCACAGCUGACUCUUGGAAUCUAAUCCCUGCCCAUAUAAACUUUAU